GGGUGCAGUCGUCACUCGCGUCUGGCCAGCAGCUCGGAGCUUCUCUGCGCGCGGCGGGCUGGCAUCGGGCCCGAGGCGAGCGGGGCAGGUCUGCUAGGCGAAGGCGCGUCUCGCGGGGAGAAUUGAGAGGAGGACUACGCGGCAAGGGAUAGGCCCAGGAGAAAUGGAGUCCAAAGUGGAACAAGGAGUAAAAGAUCUCAACAUGGAAAAUGACCAUCAGGAAAAGGAGGAAAAGGAAGCAAAGCCACAAGGCGCUAACAAAAGGGAGCCAGUUGUGGCCCUGCCUUUCGAAGCUGGAGAAUACUAUGUGCCUAGAGGAGGUCGCAGGCGGUUCCGGGUUAGGCAGCCCAUCGCUCACUACAGAUGGGACCUGAUGUAUAGGGUUGGGGAGCCCCAGGCAAGGAUGAGAGAGGAGAAUGUACAGAGGUUUGGGGAUGAUAUGAGACAGCUCAUGGAGAAGUUAAGGGAAAAGCAGCUGAGCCAUAGUAUGCGGGCUGUUAGCACUGACCCCCCUCACCAUGACCACCAUGAUGAGUUUUGCCUUAUGCCCUGAGUCCUGAGGCUUUCUCUGAAGAUGAUAUGGGGACCCCUGCUUUCAAAACUUACAUGUUUGUGAUGUACUGUUGUAAUAUUUUUGGUGUCACUCGUUCCCCAUGGGUCUCCACUCCUGCCAGCUUCUAAUUGAAACUUGUGUUUUUGACUCAGUCGUACAUUUUUUUUUUUUUGUUAGCAGAAUUUAUCUAUUGCAUGGGAAGAUGCUCACUAUAUAUUGUGAAGCGAAUAAAGCAGAUUUAAAAGGCUA